GGGUUAAGUUUGAUGUUGAUGCAUGUCAUGUGAUGUGUUCCUUCUUCCUCACUUCAUUAAGUUGUUUUGAUUCGUUUCGUUUUGAUUGCCCAAAAACUGUUGGCGGGGAAAAGCCGGUCUAUUUAUUCAGUUUGUAUACCCCAUUAAGCACAGCCACAAAGUUAAGAGGUGUAGAUAGUCAACAAAGCCAUCAAAAUGGGAAUGAAAUUCUUGGAGGUUAUCAAGCCCUUUUGCAGCAUCUUACCUGAAAUAGCCAAGCCCGAACGAAAAAUUCAAUUUAGGGAAAAAGUUUUAUGGACAGCAAUUACACUUUUAAUAUUUUUAGUAUGUUGUCAGAUACCACUCUUCGGUAUAAUGAGUUCAGACUCGGCGGAUCCUUUUUACUGGAUCCGUGUAAUUCUGGCAUCAAAUAGAGGUACACUUAUGGAGCUGGGUAUUUCACCUAUAGUAACUUCUGGAAUGGUCAUGCAGCUGUUGGCUGGUGCGAAGAUUAUAGAAGUAGGUGACACUCCUAAGGAUCGGGCAUUAUUUAAUGGUGCACAAAAAUUAUUUGGCAUGAUAAUCACUGUUGGCCAAGCUAUUGUCUAUGGAAUGACUGGAAUGUACGGAGAUCCUGCAGAACUAGGAACAGGAGUUUGCCUCUUGAUCAUAAUCCAAUUAUUCGUUGCUGGACUUAUAGUUUUGCUUUUGGAUGAACUUUUACAAAAAGGUUAUGGAUUAGGAUCUGGUAUUUCUCUCUUCAUUGCCACCAACAUCUGCGAAACUAUUAUCUGGAAGGCGUUCUCACCAGCCACCAUCAACACUGGACGCGGUACUGAAUUUGAAGGAGCUGUAAUUGCCUUGUUCCACUUGCUUUCCACAAGACAAGAUAAAAUCAGGGCUUUACAUGAAGCUUUCUAUCGCCAAAACCUGCCUAACUUCAUGAACUUAUUAGCCACCAUUUUAGUGUUUGCUAUAGUGAUAUACUUUCAAGGAUUCAGAGUGGACCUACCAAUUAAAAGUACUAGACACCGUGGACAAUAUUCCACUUAUCCGAUCAAACUUUUCUACACAUCAAACAUACCAAUUAUUUUACAAUCUGCUUUAGUUUCCAACUUGUAUGUACUAUCCCAAAUGCUGGCAGUAAAAUUUCAAGGAAACCUUCUGAUUAAUUUAUUGGGCGUUUGGGCAAAUGUAGGCGAUCUUGGCUCAGCAAGAUCGUACCCUAUCGGAGGUUUAUGUUACUAUUUAUCUCCACCAGAAACUCUAAGUCACAUUCUGGUAGAUCCAGUUCACGCUUUUCUUUAUAUUCUUUUCAUGUUAGGAUCGUGCGCCUUUUUCUCCAAAACGUGGAUCGAAAUAUCAGGAAGCUCAGCUAAAGAUGUCGCCAAGCAGCUUAAAGAACAAGAAAUGGUUAUGAGAGGACACAGAGACAACUCCAUGGUCCACGAAUUAAAUCGGUAUAUUCCUACGGCUGCUGCUUUUGGAGGCCUCAGUGUUGGAGCCUUAUCAGUACUAGCAGAUUUUAUGGGAGCAAUUGGUUCUGGUACUGGUAUUUUAUUAGCUGUAACGAUUAUUUACCAAUACUUUGAAAUAUUUCUUAAGGAACAAGGUGGAAUGGGCACUCGAUUAUUCUAAUUUUAUUAUUAUUUAUUACGUGACUAAAAUAAUUGUAUGACUUUGUGAAUUGCUAGAGAAAUUUUUUAUGUCCAAUAUGUAAUUUUUUGAAGCGUAAUAUAGGUUCUAUUUGUACAAUGUACCUUUUUAAUAAUAAUUUUAUUUUAUAAUAAAUUGUCACGGAUUCCGGGUUCACUAAUACAAUUUCCAAGAAUGCGGCCAAGCUCUCGAGGUACCUAAUUUUUUAACAAUUAUUUAUUCUUAUUGUUAUUUUAUUAGAAUAAUUUGAAAACUAAUUUUUACAUUAAAUAAUAAGUUAUGUUAGAAGACACUUUGUUAAUAAAAAAAAUUAGAAAAGCGUAGGGGGCCG